AAGAAGGGAGGCAGCUGGAGAUGUCAGACGCUACCUUCUAAGGAGCGACUCAUAACGCGAUGGAGCGAGGAAGAUAUGGAAUGUAUCUCAGGCUGCCCUGGAGCUGGUGAUCCAACCCUUUUGCUUCUGUAUUCCAGUGAACCACAGAUGGAUCGCUUACACCUGAGAAGAACUACUGAGCAGCAGGCGCCCGAGGUGGAAGUCCAGGUCAAGCGUAGACGGACAGCCUCACUGAGCAAUCGGGAGUGCCACCUGUACCCACGUCGCGCUCAGCAGCAGCAGGUUCCUGUGGUGGAUUUCCAGGCAGAACUGAGACAGGCUUUCUUAGCUGAGACACCAAGAGGUGGUUAAAGCAGUAUUGAAACAUCAAGGAGGUGGAAGUCAAGGAAAACAGGAAACUACAGAGGCUGGAGAGGGCAUCAGAAUCCCCUGGAUCUGGAGAUGGAGAAAGAUACUGAUAAGUUGUCAUGUGGAUUAUGAGAACUGAACUUGGGUCCUCUGCAAAAUCAUAGCAGGAAGCUCUCAGCCCACUGGGCCAUCU